UUCCUUCCUUCGCCCGGACGGACGCACUUCCGGCGGAUGUUGGGCGGGGGGGCAAGCCCGGAAACGGAAGUGAGCGGCGGGGCCAGUUGACCGUCAAGGGGAGAGCGUCUGUACGCCGAGCAAGUCGAAGAUGAAUGCCAGAGGACUUGGAUCUCAGCUAAAGGACAGUAUUCCAGUUACUGAGCUGUCAGCAAGUGGACCUUUUGAAAGUCAUGAUCUUCUUCGAAAAGGUUUCUCUUGUGUGAAAAAUGAACUUCUGCCCAGUCAUCCUCUUGAAUUAUCAGAAAAAAAUUUCCAGCUCAACCAAGAUAAGAUGAACUUCUCCACACUGAGAAACAUCCAGGGUCUUUUUGCACCACUAAAACUGCAGAUGGAAUUCAGGGCAGUGCAGCAGGUUCAGCGUCUUCCAUUUCUUCCAAGCUCAAACCUUUCACUGGAUAUUUUGAGGGGUAACGAUGAGACUAUUGGAUUUGAAGAUAUUCUUAAUGACCCAUCACAAAGUGAACUAAUGGGAGAACCACAUUUGAUGGUUGAAUAUAAACUUGGCUUACUGUAAUGCCGUGUGCUGUUCAUGGAAGUAGAGGGGCUGCGUCUUGUUUAUAGUUGUCUGUUUCCUAUGAUUUGAUGUGCACAACAUUAAAAGUACUAACACAUGAGAA